UUGAGCUCCAGGAAAAAAAAUUGAUUUUAUCGCAGUCAAACGCAAAAAUGGCGACAAGACGGAUUUUGAGACCCUUUCAUAUUUUGAAACGAAAUUUUUCUAAAGAAGUAGUAGAUGAUUAUUCAUUCGUGCCUGGUGAAAAACCAAUUAAAGACAUCGAUAAAAGCAUUAGACUAUGGCGAAAUUUGACGUAUUUUGUUGGAUUUCCUUCAAUAAUAAUUACUGGAAUCAAUGCAUAUUUACUUGAAAAAGAAUUUGAAGAAACGUUUGAACGACCUGAGUAUGUGGAGUAUGAGUACUUAUCAAUUAUUAACAAGCCUUGGCCAUGGGGUGAUGGAAAGCAUUCACUAUUUUUCAACCCAGAAAGGAAUGCUAUUCGUGGCAUAGGUUAUGAAGCACCAUGGGGACACGGCCACCAUAAAUAAAUUAGUAAUUCAUUAAAAUAUUAACAUUAUUAUUCAUCGAUAUGAUAGUGUAUAUUAUAACAAAUUCAUGUAUAAAAAUAAUAAAUAUUAUACUAUGAAUUUUUGAAAAA